AAUUUUACCGUUCACAUUUCACGUUGUAUUUCGUUUUAUGAUUAAAAUCUUUAUACAUAUAUAUAUAUAUAUUGUGUUGUUUCAAAUUAACUUGAGUGAAUUUCAACGAUAAUUACUACAUUUUAUUGUUCCAAGUGUUACAUUAUACACCUAUAAAUAUGGAAGGUUUUGAUACACCUGGUAUAUUUUUUUCCGAUACUUUCGGCGAUGAUGAUAAUUUGGGAUCGGCGUUACAAAACUCAAGAACUUUGAAAAAGUCCUUUAAAGAUUUUUUGAAAACAUACAACGAAGACAAUUUUAACUACAAGUACAGGGAUUCGUUGAAACGGAACUGCAAUUUAGGCCAAUUUUGGCUGGAAAUCAAUAUCGAAGACCUAGCCGGGUUCGACGAGAACCUUGCGGACAAGUUGUAUAAGCAACCAGUUGAACAUUUACCCGCGUUUGAAGAAGCCGCUACUGAAUUAGCUCAAGAACUAGUGGCCACAGACAAUCCAGAUGAUAUAGAACGCAUUCAAAUACUGUUGGCCACCAAUUCUUUGCCUGCUUCGUUGCGCUCAAUUAAAUCCGAAUCAGUUUCUCGUUUGGUCAAAAUUCCUGGAAUAGUUGUAUCCGCUUCAAGUAUUCGUGCAAAAGCAACAGAGAUUACAUUGCAAUGUCGAGCUUGCCGCAAUGUUUUGCCUCAUCUGCCCGUGAAACCAGGUAUGGAUGGCUAUGUCUUGCCAAGGAAAUGUUCAACCGAACAAGCAGGACGUCCCCAGUGCCCUUUGGAUCCGUAUUUUAUCAUACCCGAUAAAUGCAAAUGCGUUGAUUCUCAAAUAUUAAAACUUCAAGAAUUAAGUGAUUCCACACCUCAAGGAGAAAUGCCUCGUCACGUACAAUUGUAUUGCGACCGCUACUUAUGUGAACGUGUUGUGCCUGGUAAUCGAGUCAUGGUGGUUGGCGUAUACUCUAUAAAAAAGGUGAAAACUUCAAGGAAGCAAAAACUCGCUGAAAACUCGAGAACUGUGGUUGGUGUCCGUGCUCCGUAUUUACGAGUCCUGGGUUUUCAGCUUGAUGACCAAGUAGGAGGUUUUACUACUGCAGUUCCUACAUCGGUGGAAGAUGAAGAACUUUUCCGUAAAUUAGCAUCCUCGCCUGACAUUUAUGACCGUCUCGCCAAGUCCAUUGCUCCUUCCAUUUUUGGUUUCGGCGAUAUUAAAAAAGCAAUAGCUUGUUUAUUAUUUGGAGGUUCACGUAAAAGACUUCCGGACGGUUUGACUCGUAGAGGAGAUAUAAAUAUUUUACUUUUGGGAGACCCCGGUACAGCUAAGUCACAGCUGCUUAAAUUUGUUCAACAAGUUUCGCCUAUUGGCGUGUACACAUCGGGCAAAGGUUCUUCUGCAGCCGGUUUAACAGCCUCUGUUACCCGUGAUCCAACAUCGCAUAAUUUUGUUGUCGAAGGCGGAGCUAUGGUUUUAGCCGAUAGUGGUGUUGUUUGCAUUGACGAGUUUGACAAAAUGAGGGAAGGCGAUCGAGUUGCAAUACAUGAAGCUAUGGAACAACAAACAAUUUCAAUAGCAAAAGCUGGUAUUACGACUACGUUAAAUAGCCGAUGUUCAGUAAUGGCGGCAGCAAAUUCAGUGUUUGGCAGAUGGGACGAUAGUAAAGGCGAAGACAACAUAGAUUUUAUGCCUACAAUUUUGUCAAGAUUCGAUAUGAUCUUCAUUAUUAAGGAUGAACAUAAUCAAAACCGAGAUAUGACGUUAGCUAAACACAUUAUGAAUGUUCACUUGAUGAACGGUCAAAGUCAACAGGAAGUGGAAGGAGAACUACCACUGGCGACAAUAAAAAAAUUCUUGAAUUAUUGUCGUCAACGCUGCGGUCCUAGAUUGUCUGAAGACGCGGGAGAGAAACUCAAGAGUCGUUAUGUCCUCAUGAGAACCGGCUGCCACGAAUUGGAAACCGAAAAGCGACUUGCAAUUCCCAUCACCGUGAGACAGUUGGAAGCUAUAAUACGUAUUUCCGAGUCGUUGGCCAAAAUGCAACUUCAACCAUUUGCCACAGAUACCCACGUAGAUGAAGCAUUAAGGUUAUUCCAAGUGUCUACUCUGAGUGCAGCUACUUCCGGCUGUUUAUCUGGCGUUGAAGGUUUUUCAACCGAAGAAGACACGGAAACAUUGCAGCGUAUUGAAAAACAACUAAAACGUCGAUUCCCAAUAGGAUCCCAAGUAUCUGAGUUUAGCAUAAUACAAGAUUUUCUAAGGCAAAAAUAUCCCCAAAGAGCUAUCGAUAAAGUUAUUUAUUUAAUGAUUAGAAGAGGCGAAAUACAACAUAUUAUGCAACGUAAAAUGUUAAUACGACUCAAAUAAUUUUAGUAUUUUUUUUUUUCCUAUUUUAAUUUCAUAUUAUAUAUACUUUUGUAACAUUUUAA